AUGGAUCUCGCCAACACGCUCAUUCGAAGCGUCGUGCGCGCCUUCUACGAGACUAGGCACAUCUUGGUCGUUGAUGCGCUCUUCCUUCACUCAGUCCUUCAUGCAGAGGAUCUUGCUUUCUUGAUGGGCAUGCAGCAGAAGGACCUGCGCAAGCUUUGCGCACGGCUACGAGAAGACCGCUUGAUCGGAGUGAGCACACGCGCCGAAAUUCGCGAUGGAUCCACUCGCCCCGUGAACCGAGAAUACUACUACAUCCCCCUCCAUCCGGUCAUCGACGCGAUCAAGUACAAGGUCUCCAAAUUGACCUCGACGAUCAAGGAGCAGUACACGCCCAGCGAGGAGCGCAAAGAAUACAUGUGCCCGCGAUGCCUGGCGGAAUGGACCGAACUGGACGUCCUGAGUCUGAUCUCCGAGGAAGGAUUCGAAUGUCAAAAUUGUGGCGCGAUUCUGGAGCGCACGGAAGAUCUCAAGGGCGAGGAGGGCAUUGACCGGACAGGUCAUGAGAAGAACAGCAAGCUCAUGGCCCAGCUUGACAAUAUGCUCAAGCUCUUGAAGCAGAUUGACUCCGUGGAGAUUCCGCCCAACGAUUUUGACACUGCCUGGGACCACAAGGUUGAGGUUCCCCGGAACCUGAGCACCCAUCCGAUUCGCACGGCUAUCCCCGUUCCGCCCAAGCCACAGGAUGUGGUGCGUGGGAAUCUCAAGACCGAUGCUGCAGCUUUGGAGAUUUCUCUCACCUCGAGCGAAGAGAAGAGUGCUGCUGAACAGGCUGAGGAGGCUGCUCGCAAGGCUGCGUUGGAGAAGCAGAACGCUCUGCCUGUAUGGCAUACUCAUUCUACCGUUGAUGCUGCUGCCCCUGCCCAGACCAAGAACGAGACGGGCUUCUCUAUUAAACCCGAGCUUGAAGAUGAGGACCAGAAGCCCAAUAUGGAUGCCUCUGACGACAAGAUCGCUGCAUACUACGCCGAGAUGGAGAGAGAACAGGCUCUCCAGGCUCAAGAAGAUGCCAGCAGUGCGGAGGACUCUGACGAGUUCGACGACGAAUUUGAAGAUGUUGGCAUUUCCGGCCCCAGUGGGCCGGGGACUCCAGCUACCGGCGCUGGUCCGACCAGUGUCGCUACUCCUUCUGGCCUAUCGGGUAUCAAGAGGGAACAUGACACCUCCAGUGCUGCCCCAUCCUCCGUAGGUACCCCGUCUACACCCGCUGACGAUGGCCCGGCGAUGAAGCGAAUCAAGAUGGAGCUUGGGUCCAAUGCGGAGCCUAUCAUCAAGACUGACCCUGAUGUCAAGGCCGAGCUGGACGUCAAAGAUGAAGAAUCCGAUGAGGAUGAAGAAGAAUUCGAGGAUGUCUGA